AUGGAGACGCUGGAGCAGCUGGUGGAGUGAGGAGCUGCUGAGCUUCACACACACACACACACACACACACACACACACACACCUCUGUGUGUGUUUCUGACUGACAAAGCACAGGAUCAUCAUCAUCAUGAUCUUCAUCUUUACACUGUGACACUUUACUAAAACACACACACACACACACACACACACACACGAGUGUCUGAAUGAUUCCUCAAGGGGCCUUAGAUCAGCUGCUGUUGUGUCCGUCUCUCCUUUUUAUGAUCGUUUUAUAGCGUAAUGUUUGGGUUAUAUUCUCUAAGCUGACAUCAGUGAUUGAUCCGGCUUCAUCUGUGCUGCCUUCUCAUGUAAUAAAGACCGAUCUGAACACA